UUAGAAUUCAUACUUGUCGAGUGGUAAGCCUCUUCACAACACCGCCAUUGUUGUAGCACGGUCUUUGAUCACUGUCGCUUGCUAUGAGCAAUGUCUUGGGUAUAGCAUGGCGCGCUCCAUGCCCGGGGCUACGUGCCUCGAGCUUGUUCCCCUCCGUCAGCCCGAAGGCGCUCCCCAUCGCCAAUUAUCUCACUUCUCCGCUACCUCCGGUUACAUGUCAUAGAAGCAGCUUUCCGACUCGCUCCUUCGGCUCUCUGCAUAAUGCCUUUCGAAACACCAACAGUCGAUUCCAGCGCAUCUUCUCUUCGGCUCCCGCUCGUUCAUUCCAGACUUCCUCGCUCCUCCGCGCCAGCAAGCCUCCUCCCGUGGACCAUGGAGUCAAGCCUCGUCCCGCAGCGUUCUCUCCCGCCGAAAUCAACUCCAUCUUCGGUGCCCGUGCGAAGAUCCCUCCGUCCAUGGGAAACCGAGUUCUUGCCGUGCUUCAUGGCAGACGACUGAAUGGCACUCUUGACCUCGAUCUCCCCGCUGAUAUUACUCGCUCGGUGCGCCGGCACAGCCUCGACGCAGCCCUGAACUACCUCCGCGAACACUACCCUAUGGACGAGGAUGCAGCAAUCCUUGCCCGUAUCGAACGGGAGGAGCUGGAACAGGAACAGAAGCUCAUCAAGCAGGCCGAGGAAUUAGGUCUCUACAAGCCCCAGAGCGGCCAAUACCAAGCGGAGUUGGGUGAGGAUAACGAUGUCUCCGGAAAGAGUAUUCUCAAAGAAAUGCGCAAGCACAACGAAGCGAGGAUCUUGGCGGAAGAAGAAAGCAAACGGAAAGAAUGGUUAGAGGGUGCGGCGGCGGAUCAGGAGAAGAUAAAGCGCCAAGUGGAGCGGAACACUGCCCUGCAGAAGUUCGAAGAUACCUCCGCUUUGGAACUCCGGGAGCGUGCAGACCCCAAGGAACGCCCUUUUCUUGCUUGGGUUCAGAAGCACCAUCUUCGUGCCACUGAUAACGAUAUUGACAUAAGCAAAGUCACGACGAGUCACCGAAUUAUCCCUUCGCUCGUGAUUACUCUGGUCGCCCUGGGUCUCUGCUAUGCCUUCGCUGCAUACUACGAACCCCCUGCUAGAGCAGAUCGGCUAUGGCCCGAUACUCCUCGCGCAGCCGCAACCAUGAUGGGUAUUGUUGGUAUUAAUGUUGGAGUAUUCGUUCUGUGGCGGGCGUGGCCUCCAGCCUGGAGACUGCUUAACCGCUACUUCAUCAGUGUGGCCGCCUACCCUCGCCCCUUGAGCCUCGUUGGCAAUGUCUUCAGUCAUCAAAAGCCUGUGCAUCUGGGUGUCAACAUGGUCAUGCUUUGGUUUGUUGGAACUAGACUACAUGACGAAGUCGGCCGGGGCGAAUUCCUGAGCUUGUACAUGGCAUCUGGUAUCAUCGGUUCUUUUCUUUCUCUGACUGCGCAUGUUCUUCUGGGCCAGUGGACUGUCACUGCUCUCGGAGCCAGUGGAGCGAUCUCCGGAAUAGUUGCAGGCUGGUGUAUACUCCAUGCAAACGACAACCUCACCUUCUACCUCCUUCCCGAAGACUGGCAAAAAGUGGUAUCGGCCCGUGGAUGGGUUAUUCUAUCCUGCAUUGUCGGAGCUGAAGUUGUUCGUCUGGCGGUCUCAUUCCGUGCCCCGACUCUAGACCACUGGGCUCACAUCGGUGGCUAUCUCACAGGAAUUGUGUGGGCCGCCGUGCGCAAUGCAAAGGAGAAGAAGCGUCGGGAAGAGAUGAGCUGGUUCGAACGGCUGUUCUCCAACUGAGUGGUGAAGUAGCAUCUGUGCAUCCAAGUACUUUAGUAGAUUCACAGAACUGUAUAUAUUAUAGGUUUUGUUAGGCACAUGUAUACUACUGCCC